CGUACCUCGUGAGGUUAACAUUGUCAGAUAACCGCAUUUUCAUGUAUGAAUCAUAUCUCUGUACGAAUAUUGUUUAGCAAUCAAAAUUAAUAUUGUUCUAUUUUUUUGUGAAAAAGAAAAACAACAAAACAAACAAAAAUGUCAAAUAACGAGAAAAAACCAUUACUGAAGGACAAAGAUAAUUCAAAUGGAUCUAAAUUUGGAUAUAAGUAUUUUUUGCUUUUAUUGUUAAUGAUAUUUUUUUAUUCUUCCAUGGCGAUUAAUUUCUACACAAUCAGUCAAUGGAUCCAAUAUAUGAUGAGAAAGCAAAUACUUCAGGGUAAAAAUAUCAACUCCACUUCCGUUUGUCAAGGAACAAAUCAAAGUGAUCCGGAAUAUGCUCAGUACAAACAAGUCGAACAGAAAACGGCUUUAUGGCAGAUGUUCAACUCACUGGCUUCCACUGUUCCCGGACUAAUUGCGACUGCAAUCCUGCCAUCAAUAUCAGACAAUAUCGGACGCAAAUCACUCUUUAUCAUCCCAACGACUGCGUUGUUAAUGAAACAGAUAUCGUACGCUUUAAUCAUGUACUAUGAAUGGGAUAUUAUAUGGGUUGUAGUUUCUUCUUUAGUUGAAGGAAGUCUUGGCUCUAUUUACAUAUAUUUCUCAGCCGUUUACUCCUAUAUAGCAGACAUAACAACGCCGGGACGCCAUAGAACAUUGGCUAUCACCAUCUACGAAGGAAGCUUUUUAAUUUGUUUUACAUUAUCAGGCCUUGCGGCUGGAUAUUUCAUAGAAUUUAAAGGAUAUGUUAUUCCUAUGAUGACCUGUGUUUGUCUCAAUUUCAUAGCAUGGUGUAUAGUAAUAUUCCUCAUUCCAGAGACUCAUGACAAACAAAAUAGAGCAAAGAAGGUGCCAAUGUGUAUACAUUUCAAACGUGUAACUGAAUUUUAUACUAGCAGAGUAUUUUCAGGAAAACGUAGUGCAUACAUUUUGUUAAUUACAGCGUACUUCGUUGCCGAACUGACAAGUUCUCACAGAUCUUCUUUGGAAAUGCUGUACCAGCUUGGUAAACCAUUUUGCUGGCCGUCAGAAGAGAUUGGAUUAUUUAGCGCAGCAAGACAUGCAACUGAAGGUUUUGCAGGUCUAGUGCUGAUUGCCCCACUAAAGAAUUGCUUCUCUGAGAUUAACAUUGCUGUACUGAGUGCAGCCUUUAACGGUGGAUCAUACGUUCUUGAGGCAUUUGCAAAAACAGAUCUGAUCCUGUAUUUAGUUCCCAUUCCAGCGACAUUUUCCUUUCUGAUGAUUCCAAUGAUAAAAAGUAUUAUGUCAUCGAUGACGCCUGCUGAUAAACAAGGUUCACUGUUUUCUAGUAUAAUUACUGUGCAGGUUUUAUGCACGAUCACGGCUACAUUCUUAUUCAACACUAUAUAUUCCUCAACGUUGUCAAUAUUCCAUGGUUUUGUCUUCCUUGUUUUGGCUGGCUUUUGUGGUGUCGUAUUUAUGAUAUUGAUAAUAUUUGCCAAAACACAGACUGUGGAAAUAGAAGAACCAAAGUUAGAAAGAAUUGUGACAAAUUAAAACGCAGAUCAGUGCUUGUCUUGUCAUUUUAUAUGAGUUAGGACUUUAAACUUCAAUAAUUCUGACGUAUAACUCUCCUACUUCUAACUAAUUUUACUUUAUGACUUUAGCUUCCAAAUUUAUGACUUUAACUUGUUUGAUUUCCUUAUUUUCUAGUACAGACUUCAUUACAUAUUAAAAAUGAUAACUUUGGAAGUUGAAAAUGGAAAUUAAGAGUAAGGAAGUGGGCAGUCAGAAGGUGAAAGUAAUACAGAUGAAAGCUGCAAAUAAUGAAGACGGAGGCUAGCUUUGUGAAGUAAUGGAGAUUUAAAGUAAAAGAAAUGAAGAUAUUAACGUUAAAAAUAAGGAAGCUGCAUGCUAGAAGAAAUAAUGUUGUAAGUUACUAGAGUCGAUGCUGAUGGGCAUGAGUGGUGUUGCACAUUUCAUUACCUCUCAUGAACAGUCUCAGUCAAAACGAGUCUGCAAUCAUAUUUUAAGCAUUUAUUGACUGUAACCAAUGCCGUCUGGCGACUUAAAACAUCUCCCGGGACUGUAUUUAGACAAAAUGUUGUCAUGUUUUCUGGACCUUUGGGUUACGGAGUCAGCUUUAUUUAACUUAAGAUAUAACCCACUUAAUGGUGAAUAUUUAAAAUGUUCAAAACAAUGUUACAGCAAUAUACCGUAUCCACUGAGAGAGUUGUACGCAAAACAUUAACAACUUUUACGUGUUGUUUGCAUAUUUCAUGACACUUCCUCAAACUCAAGAAGAGACAAUUUUCAAAGUGAUGGCCACUGUUCAAAAUGUUUGCAGAGAAUACAUUUUAUCAUUAUUCUGAUAAAAAGUCAAACUAUUGAUAAACAAUAAUAAAACACAAAAUAAAAUUGUAUCAUUUAUUUUCUCGGGUGCCUCAAGUAUAAUGAUGCAAGUAAAAAGAACAAUUACUAUAAGAAUAAACCUGCAUCUAUGUCAAGUUAAAAUGAAUAAGAUUGUCCACAAAUAUUGCAAGACAUGCUUUCACUCCCAGUAAAUAUUACAGACAGUGAAAAAAUACAUCACAACAACACGCAAGAGAGACGAUGUCCAUGUAGAGAGUAUUGUGACAUUUUAGGGCUAAAGAAAAAUUAUUGGAAGAAAAUGUAAGGCACCUGCUAGUCUGAACUUGUCUACUGUAAGUGAUUAGAUUCAACAAGCGUAAUUUCGAAUAUAAAUGUCAAAAUUUUGUACGAUAUAUUUAGCGUUCAUAUCAUUACUGUGAAAGUUGAAAAGUUUAAGAUAAUAAUAACAUUAUUGUACCUGAUACGUUGUAAUACUGUUAGCGUUAACUGUAUCAAGAUUAAAACUGGGUCAGAACGUAAGGACAAGUGCAUACUUAGGCUAUAAAAUAAGUUAUAUAUUUUAUAAUAAUAUUUACCUGAAUAUUUGCCCCAAACAAUGAAAUUACGCCAGUCACAUCCUUGCAAUGAUGUUUACCACAUAAAGAAGGAUUCUAUCACGACCCGAUUUGUUUUCCUAUUAAACAAAGAAGGCUGAAAACUGUGUGCUCAUUUUUCUAACGCCACACUUAUAACGUCAUGACGUUAGACAGCAUAGCGGCGCACUGGAAAAAAAUCAACAGAAAUCAGGCAAAUAUUUGAUGGACGUCGAUAAGAACGUACAUAAUAUCUAUUGAUAACGUGUAAGAAUCAAGUAAUAUAUCUCAAUCAGUGAUUUGUGCGUGAACAAAUUUAUAUGCGUACUAUUAUAUCACUUGGACUGCGUCUUCGUGAUAUAAUUCCUUCGCAAACUAGACUCCAAACAAUGAUUUUAUUCGACUAUAAAUCACUGUUUGGGAUAUAUUACUUCUUAAAUGUUUAAACAUUCUGAAAGUAAUUUUAUUAAAUGAUUUAGAGAAAUGUCAAGUAUACACUGUUUCAAAACUCUCAUUAUAGAUAUAAAGAAUAAAGAGUGUAUCCGAAUUGCAGACUCUCAAGUUUUUAUAUAAUGCUAUUAAAACUUACAAUUUUGAAAAAAUUGUUAAUAUACGGCGCGACAUUCCCUUAUGCAUAGUUAAGCAUUU